AUGACAAAGAAAACAACUACUUCCACAACUCUAACUAAAAAAAGACCAUUAAAUGAAGUAACAACCAAGAAAUCAACCACAAACUUAACUAAAAAGAAACCAUUAAAACAAGUUACAACUAAAAAACCAAUAGAAGUUGAAAAACCAGCAUGGAAUGAUGAAGAAGAUGAAGAUGAAGAUGAAAAUGAAAAUUCAGAUGAAAAAAUAAAUAAUACAAUUGAAGAAGAAGAAGAAAAAGAAGAAAAAGUAGAAGAAAAUGAAGAAGAAAAAAUUAAAGAAAAUGAAGAAGAAAAAGGAGAUAAUAAUGAAGAAGAAGAGGAUGAAAAAAUUGUUAAAAAAACAAAAGUUUCAAAUGAAAGUGCUUGGGCAGAUGAAGAAGAUGUUGGUAAAUUUAAAAAUAGAUCUUUAUUAAGUGUAACACCAGAAUGGGCAAAAAUUAAAGAAAAAGGUGAAGAUGAUAAAGAAGAAGAAAAUGUUUUUAAUAGUAAUAAGAAUUUAGUUAAUAAUAAUGAAUUUAGAAUUUUACAAGAUAGAACUAGAAGUUCAUUAACAUCAAAAGUUACUGGUGUAGCAUAUGGUUCAAAUGGUAAUGUAUUUAUGGCAGAUUCAAAAGGUAUAUUUAAAGUUUUUUCACGUGAAAUCGAAGCUUCAAAAAUAUAUGAUAAACAAUUAUACGAGAGUAAAUUUGUUGAUUUCUCAAUUACAAACCUUUACUAUAUUGAAAAAUCAAAUGAAGUAAUUAUAACCGGUCUUGAUAAAGAGUAUUAUUUUACUUUUGAUGUUAAAUCUGAAAAAAUUACAAAACGUCCAUUAAGAGUUGGUAAAAAUUAUUUAAAAAAAUCAGCAAUUUCAGAAGAAUACUUUUCAAUUUCAGAUUCUACAGGUAGAAUUAUGAUGAUAUCGACAGCAAGUAAGACCAUAGUUAAUGAGGUUAGAAUGCCAUCAGCAGAGAUAACAACAAUGAAAUUCUCAUCGAAUGGAAAGAUAUUGUUGAUUUCAUCAGAGGGCUACAUUUUUUGUUACAAUGUUGAUAGUAUGUCAAUGAUUCAUAAAUUUAAGGAUUAUGGUAACUUUGGAUUGAAUUCGAUUACCACCAUUACAUGUUCACCAAAUGGUAAUUAUUUAGUGACAGGUUCUCAAUCUGGUAUUAUCAAUAGUUAUCGUUUCUCUGAUUGUAUGGAACAAACCACACCAAAACCAUUGAAAAUCAUUGACUCGAUCGUUUAUCCAAUCACUGGUUUAGAGUUUAGUCCAAACAGUUUAAUGCUUUUGGCAAGUAGUGAAUUUGAUAAAUUAUCUUCAAAAUUAAUUUUAUAUCCAUCUCAUCAAACUUUUAAAAAUUUUAAACUAUCAUGUAAAGUUGAAUCAUUUUGUUUCUCUCAAAAUUCUCAAAGACUUUUAAUUGGUGAAGAAGAUGGUAGUUUAACAUUAUUAAGAUUUAAACCUAUAAUUAUUAAUAAUAAUAAAAAUUUUAAAAAUAAUAAUAAGAAUAAUAAAAAAUAUAAUAAUAAUAAAAAUAAUAAAAAUAAUAAUAAAAAUAAAAAUAAUAAAAAUAAAAAAUAA